AUGCCAUUUGUCCCCUCGAGGAAGGGAAGGCAGAAAAGGGGGGCGGAGGAGGAGGUGCGCGGGGCCGGUGAGGCGGCAGGCCUGGGCCGGCGAGGGGCCGCGGCCGCUGAGGGAUCCCCGCCCCGGCCCCGCCCCGGCCCCGCCCCGGGGGCGGCGCCACGGGCGGCUCCGGGCGCUAAAGGCGGCUCCGGGCGGCGCCGCCCGGCCUGGCGGGCGAUGUGGCGGCGGCGGGCGCGGGCCGGGGGCCGCGGGGGGCUGGCGGCUCUCCCGCCGCUCCUGCUGCUUUUGCUGCUGCUCCGGGUGCCCGCGGCGCGGCCCGGCCGCCUCUACUCGGCCUCUGACCCCCUGGAGCUGCUGGGGCCGGGGGCGGAGGGGCGGCUGCUGGGCUCCAGCAGCGCCUGGGCCGUCGAGUUCUUCGCCUCCUGGUGCGGGCACUGCAUCCACUUCGCGCCCACAUGGCGGGCCCUGGCCCACGACAUCCGCGAGUGGAGGCCUGCAGUGAUCCUGGCCGCCAUCGACUGUGCCGAUGAGGACAACCAGCAAGUGUGCUCCGAUUUCGGGAUAACCGGCUUCCCCACCAUGAAGUUCUUCAGAGCUUUUAGCAAUAAGCCAGAGGAUGGGAUAAGGAUUACCAAUCCCAGUGCCACUGUCGAGGACCUGCGUCACGCCAUCAUCACCAACCUUGAGCAGAGCCAGGAUGCCUGGCCGCCCGCCUGUCCUCCGCUGGAGCCAGCAAGCGCUGAGGAGGUUCACACCUUCUUCCAGAGGAACAAGGACCAGUACUUGGCACUCAUCUUUGAGAAGAGCAACUCCUUUGUGGGCAGAGAGGUGGCCCUGGACAUGCUGCAGUACGAGAACAUUGCAGUGAGGAGGGUGCUGAGCAGCGAGGAGGAGCUCGUGCAGAAGUUUGGUGUCACCUCCUUCCCCUCUGGAUACUUGCUCUUCCGCAAUGGCUCCUUCUCCCGCCUGCCUGUGCACAUAGAGGCGCGCUCCUUCUACACCUACUACCUGCGCACGCUGACGGGCAUCGCCCGCGGCUCCUACAAGCUGAACGCCACGGCCAGCACCCUCAACGACACGGACCGCGUGUCACACCCUCUGCGAGCCGACCGCUCCAAGCUGUACAUGGCCGACCUGGAGUCCGCGCUGCACUACUCGCUGCGGGUGGAGGCUGCCCGUGCCUCCUCGCUGUCGGGAGCACAGCUGGCCGCCCUCAAGUGCUACGUGGCCACGCUGGUGAAGUACUUCCCAGGGCGCCCCUGCGUGCAGACCUACCUGCAGACCCUGGAUGCCUGGCUGAAGAACUGGACAGAGCCCGAGCUGCCCCGCACAGUUUUGAAGGAGGCCAUGAAGAAUAACAGAGAUGCCUCCCAGCCCUCGGUGCUCCCCACCAACGUGACCUGGGUGGGCUGCCAGGGCAGUGAACGCCACUUCCGUGGCUAUCCCUGUGGGCUCUGGACCAUCUUCCACCUGCUGACUGUCCAGGCUGCCCAGAAUGGCCCUGACAAAGAGUUACCCCUGGAGGUGCUGAGCACCAUGCGCUGCUACGUCCGGCACUUCUUCGGCUGCCAGGAGUGCGCCGAGCACUUCGAGGCCAUGGCGGCCAAGUCCAUGGACAAGGUGGCCAGCAGGGAGGAGGCUGUCCUCUGGCUCUGGUCCCACCACAACGAGGUCAACGCUCGCCUGGCGGGAGGUGACACGGAGGACCCCAAGUUCCCCAAGCUGCAGUGGCCUCCGCCGGACUUGUGUCCCCAGUGCCACAAGGAGGAGCGGGGGGUCCAUGCCUGGGAGGAGCCGGCCGUGGUCACGUUCCUCAAGGCACACUUCUCCCCGGCCAACAUCUACAUGGACUAUGCCGAGCCCGACCCCAUCCCCGUGGCCAGGGAGGGGACCGGCGCCAGGCUGGACACGGAGGGCUCGCGAGAGGAGAGGGGGAGAGGAGAAGCGGAGGAAAGGGAGACGGAGGGAGAGGCGAGAGUCCCGGGGCACCCGGGCUCCGCCGAGCCGUGGCGCCCCAGCAUCGUGCGGCUGAACCCCAAGCUGCGGGAGGGGGGCGAGGACAUCGUGGACCUGGAUUCCUUCAGCGAGCAGCACUUCAAGAGCCAGGCGCUGCGAGCGGCCGCGGGCCGGCGCCGCCGCAUCAGCAAGCGGGACACCAUGGCCCUGCCCCGCGGUGCCAUGGUGGGCAGGGAGCGCCGGCGCGCCCCCGGCGUCCUGCUCCGCCACGAGGAGGAGGCUGGGGACGGCCUGCGGAGCAGCCCCUGGCUGCGGGUGCUCGGAUUGGGCUUCUCCCGCCUGGACAUCAGCCUCUGCGUGGCCCUCUACUUCCUCUCCUCCAUGUGCCUCCUGGGCAUGUACACCUUCUUCCGCCUCCGCACCCGCGCCCGGAAAGGCCGCCCUGGCUUCCCCAUGGCCUGAGAGGGGUUGAGGGGCCCGGGGGUCUUCCUAGGGUGGGUGAGCUGCUGAGGCAGGACACCCCUGGGACAGCGUUUUGUCCCACGGCGGGCAGGGGUCUGGCAUGUCCUGCUCCAGGCAGUUGCCUCACCGGGGGUAGGGGCUGGAAGGGAGGUGUCAGGGCAUCCCCCUUUCAAUUCACAGUGCCAUGUUUUUGGGCGUGUGGGAGCUGGGACACAAAAAGUGGUUUGUGUUUUGGCACCCAUCUGCUCUCAGAAGCUCCCUGGCACUGGGCUGGUUUCAAACUGGGAAGCCCAGUGCUGUGCUGGAGAGCAGCCCAUUGGGGUCCAACCACUAGUGGGGCCAGGUGGGUGCAGGUUUAGCCCCCCAAAAAGGGGAUGCUGCUGGGUGGGGCAGCAGUCAUGGGUUCAGAUGCAUUUUGUGUCCCCCUUCUUUGAGAUGUGGCCCGGGGCCUCCCCAUCUUUCCCUGCCCCCUCCCCACGCUGUUGUUUGUUCUCUGCUUGUCUUAGUGGAAUAAAUUAUUUUUGCCAAUGCC